ACUUGAAAUACUAAAGCGGCUUUCGCCGGUUGCUGCGUACCCGAGAGCAAAGAAGAGGUUUAACCGGAGCAAGGAAGAGGUUUAAACGGUGCCAAGAAGGGGUUUUAACCGUAGUGUCACUCGAAUGUCCAACUCAAAACUAACGGUGACGGUGCGACUUCUUCGUUGAGCUGCUAUCAUCCCGAAGGCUAAACUCCUGCAGGGAUGGAAAACCCCGGAUACGGCAGCGGCGGCUACGAAGGGCUGCAUCACCAAGGCGACGACGACGAUGACGAGAUGGUGGACAUCGCCGGAGCCACGCUGGACUUUUCCUCCACGGAUGACGUUCCUCCUCUCAGCUCAGGAGAGUAUGAUGAGCACAGCAGCAGCAGCAGCAGCAGAGCAGCCGGGAUGAACGGGAUCGGCCACACUAAGCUGGUGGACCCUUUAGAAGACCCUCUGCCUGGAGUGGGCACCUAUGAAGACUUCAACACCAUCGACUGGGUCAGGGAGAAGAGCAAGGACCGGGACAGGCACAGAGAGAUCACCAAUAAAAGCCGAGAGUCGACUGUGGCCCUGCUGCACAGCGUCAGCGAUGCCUUCUCUGGAUGGCUGCUCAUGCUGCUGGUGGGACUCAUGGCAGGGGCUCUUGCCGGCGGCAUCGACAUCGCAGCCCACUGGAUGACGGAUCUGAAGGAAGGGGUGUGCCUCAAUGGCUUCUGGUUCAACCACGAACACUGCUGCUGGACGUCCAAUGAGACCACUUUCAAGGAGAGGGACCGCUGCCCCCAGUGGAAGAGCUGGGCUGAGCUCAUAGCAGGAACCUCUGAGGGUCCGUUUGCCUACAUAUUGAACUACCUGAUGUACAUAAUAUGGGCUCUCCUCUUUUCCUUCUUGGCUGUGACGCUGGUCAGGGCCUUUGCUCCGUAUGCCUGUGGAUCAGGGAUACCAGAGAUUAAAACAAUCCUCAGUGGGUUCAUCAUCCGUGGCUACCUUGGAAAGUGGACCUUGAUAAUAAAGACCAUCACUCUGGUUUUAGCCGUGUCCUCUGGCCUCAGUUUGGGGAAGGAGGGUCCUCUGGUGCACGUGGCCUGCUGCUGUGCCAACAUACUGUGCCACCUCUUCACCAAAUACCGUAAAAACGAGGCCAAACGGCGAGAGGUUUUAUCAGCAGCGGCAGCAGUCGGAGUGUCCGUGGCGUUUGGCGCUCCCAUCGGAGGAGUCCUGUUCAGUCUGGAGGAGGUGAGUUAUUACUUCCCCCUGAAGACCCUCUGGCGCUCGUUCUUCGCCGCCCUGGUGGCGGCCUUCACCCUGCGCUCAAUCAACCCCUUCGGAAACAGCCGCCUCGUGCUGUUUUACGUGGAGUUUCACGCCCCCUGGCACCUGGUGGAGCUGGCCCCUUUCAUCCUGCUGGGGAUAUUCGGAGGCCUCUGGGGGGCGCUGUUCAUCAAGGCCAACAUCGCAUGGUGCAGAUUACGGAAAACCACCCGGCUCGGCCACUACCCCGUCAUAGAGGUGCUCGUGGUCACCGCGGCGACCGCCCUGAUGGCCUUCCCAAACAGUUACACCAGGAUGAGUGGAGCAGAGCUGAUCUCUGAGCUUUUCAAUGACUGCUCCCUGCUGGACUCCUCUCAGCUGUGUGGCUACAAGCAGCCAGCGAACACGUCUGACACAGGCUUGGACAGCCUGGCUGACCGUCCGGCAGGAGAAGGCCUCUACACGGCCCUGUGGCAGCUGGCCCUGGCCCUGAUCUUUAAGAUCCUGAUCACUGUGAUCACCUUCGGCAUGAAGGUUCCCUCCGGCCUCUUCAUCCCCAGUAUGGCUGUGGGAGCCAUAGCCGGCAGGCUGCUGGGCGUGGGCAUGGAGCAGCUGGCGUACUACAACCACGACUGGCUCAUCUUCAGAGGAUGGUGCUCCCCAGGAGCAGACUGCAUCACACCAGGGCUGUACGCAAUGGUCGGAGCCGCCGCUUGUUUAGGUGGGGUGACCAGAAUGACGGUGUCACUCGUGGUCAUCAUGUUUGAGCUGACCGGCGGCUUGGAGUACAUCGUCCCCCUCAUGGCUGCGACCAUGACCAGCAAAUGGGUGGCGGACGCCUUUGGAAGGGAGGGAAUAUAUGAGGCCCACAUUAGGUUGAACGGUUACCCGUUCCUGGAGGCCAAAGAGGAGUUUCAGCACAGCAGCCUGGCCGUGGACGUGAUGAGGCCGAGGAGGGGGGACCCUGCCCUGGCUGUGCUCACGCAGGACGGCAUGACUGUGGGGGAAGUGGAGACCUUGGUAGAGAGCACCCACUUCAGCGGCUUCCCCGUCGUUGUCUCGCCGGAGUCCCAAAGGCUGGUGGGAUUUGUGCUCAGAAGAGACCUGCUCAUCUCAAUAGAUAACGCCAGGAAGCGACAGGACGGCAUCGUCAGCGCCUCCAAAGUGGUUUUCACAGAGCACACCCCCGCCCAGCCGCCUGAAGCCCCCCCUCAGCUGCGCCUCAGAAACAUAAUGGAUCUGAGCCCCUUCACGGUCACGGACCACACGCCCAUGGAUAUCACCGUGGACAUUUUCAGGAAACUGGGGCUUCGCCAGUGUCUGGUCACACAUAAUGGGAGGCUUCUGGGAAUCAUCACUAAGAAGGACAUCCUGAAGCACAUGGCGCAGAUAGCCAAUAGAGAUCCUGACUCCAUCCUCUUCAACUAAAUCCUCCCCCCACCACCUCAUCUUAGCUUCCUCAGAGCGGGACAGAGGAGGUAAACACCAGCAUGGACUCUCAGAAUGCACCUUUACCUCUCCACCUGUCCUACAAGCGUUCAUUUGCACAAACCAGUUGUGGUCAGUGGAGUUAAUAUUCCUGUGAUUUUUGAGGCCUUCUUGGGCCUCGAGAAGAGAGCGGGCCAAAAAAAGCAAACACCCUCUGUAACUGUGACUCAUCCAGAGGGUCGUGGGUCUGUGAGACACAUGCUCCUUCCUCGUUUGUUUCUCCUUUUCCAAGGGAAAGUUUGGAAUCUCCGAUUUAAAUCUCACUCCACCAUUUUACUCUCCUACUUCUCUGUUUCACCUGCAACUGAAAUGAGGGGAAGAUCCUUUGUGACCGACACAGAGACGAGAAAAAGGUGCAAUGAAAGGAAGUAAAGAUUUUUGGGAGGUUUUCUGAAUGCCCUCCGGUUGACUCUGCAAGUCCAGACAGAACGCUGUUCUCCGGGAACACUGGGUGCACCGACCCCUUCCUCUUCCUCCUCCAGCUUCCCUGCGGGGGUUUGAUGCAGGGUGAAACAGAGGAUCGCAUACCUACACUCCAACAAAGACAUUGAUGACUGUCUGGGAACUAUGUGGUUUUGACCCACCAGAUCCGCUCCGAUCCAAAGAUCCCAAACCUAACAUGCCUUAUGGGAGCAGCGGAGUAUCUCUGGGCGGCAGUGGAAGGGCUUACAGAACCAUGAAACAUUGAUUUAAUUUAAUGUCAAACUGUUAAUCCAACUAAAUUAUUACACUAAUCGAAAUGGGUUGUUUGUG